AUGUCUUCGGUUGUUCAGAAGGGACCAAACCCGCACUUCAACAAAGAGCAGUCGGUACUACACGACUCAACAACUGGUGUGCUCUAUUUGCACUGGCGAAGCGGCGCGCAGCACGCGCCGCUUGGGCAUGUGUUUUGCUCGUGGCAAACGAGUAAAAACAACUCUCUUAGAUCAGAGAAACAUCGUAGUACGAGGAUAGCUGCUGUAAGUCGAUUGAGUGAUAUGAAGAGAGCGAGUACUUCAGAAAACGGAGAAGAACGCAUAGUAACGAAAAACAACACCAACGGACACACACAGCCUCCUCCAAACAAACGGUCGAACUCUGAUCACCUCGGAACUCAAAAAUUUGAAAAAAUGGGAAUUAAUGGAAAACCUGAUGACCGCGACGAUUAUGAGCGCGUCGCUGUGCUUGACUUCGGCGCCCAGUAUGGCAAGGUCAUCGAUCGUCGAGUACGUGAAGCCAAUGUACUUUCUGAAAUGUUUCCUUUGAAAACUAAAGCAAAGGAUAUCAUAAGCAGAGGGAAGUUCAAAGCCAUAAUCAUUUCUGGUGGACCCAACUCAGUGUAUGCCGAGGGGGCCCCGCAGAUAGAUGAAGAGUUAUUCAAUUGCGGUUUGCCCGUUCUAGGAAUUUGUUAUGGAUUUCAGUUGAUAAACAAGUGUCAUGGUGGUACUGUAGCAAAGCACCAAGUUAGAGAAGAUGGUCAGUGCACGAUACGAAUGGAUACAUCAUGCGAUCUGUUCCACGAUCUCAGUGAGAAAGAAGAGGUACUACUAACCCAUGGAGAUUCUGUCACUGAAGCCACUAUCGCCCCAGGAUUCAAAAUUAUUGCAAGAAGUGGUUCGCAUGUCGCAGGAAUAUGCAACUCCGAAAAACGAUUGUAUGGAGUUCAGUUUCACCCUGAAGUUGAUUUGACAACCCAUGGUCGAAAAAUCUUCGAGAAUUUCCUAUUUCGGAUAGCGGGCUGCGCUGGAGGUUACACAUUGGCCAAUCGUGAGCAGAUGUGUAUCGAUGAAAUACGACAGACUGUUGGAGACAAGAAAGUACUAGUUCUUGUAUCUGGUGGGGUUGAUUCUUCCGUAUGCGCAGCACUCUUAAAUCGAGCCCUUGGACCGCAGCAUGUCACUGCCAUACAUAUAGAUAAUGGUUUCAUGAGGAAGGACGAAAGCGAUUAUGUGAUUAAAAGCCUCAAAGCAAUUGAUCUCCCUGUUCAUAGAGAAUAUGCUGGUUUGACAUUUAUGGUGGGUACUGUCUCUGGUAAGACUGGUGAUGCUGAUACGCUGGACAGAACUGUAGAUCCAGAGACAAAACGACAUAUUAUUGGGAAUACAUUUAUCCGGGUUAAAGAUCGAGUUAUGGAGGAGUUAAAGUUAAAGAAGGAGGACUAUUUCCUUGCUCAAGGCACUCUUAGGCCGGAUUUGAUUGAGAGCGCCAGCGAACUUGCUAGCGGACAUGCAGAUACGAUCAAAACUCAUCAUAAUGAUACUAUUCUCGUUAGGGAGCUUCGAUCUUUAGGUCGCGUGAUUGAACCACUGAAAGAUUUUCACAAGGAUGAAGUCCGUGAACUUGGUCGAACUCUCGGACUUCCCGAAGACAUUGUCAAUAGGCAGCCAUUUCCGGGGCCGGGUCUGGCUAUUCGGAUAAUAUGUGCACAGAAGCCACAUAUUUGUAACGACUUUGCCACCACACAUCAGUGCUUGAAUGUGCUCACAAAUCUGUCACGUCAGCCUGCUACACCUGCAGAGAACGAGUUCAAAGAAAAAAUGCUAGAGGCUAUGGCGGGAUGGGAGAUCACAGAACUCAUGUCACAAUCUUUUACUAUCCAUGCCACCUUGCUUCCAAUCAAGAGUGUUGGUGUGCAGGGGGAUCGGCGUUCCUACUCUUACGUAGCAGCAUUAUCUUGUGAUGAAAGUCCGGUCCCUUGGCAAUUGCUUUCGCGGUACGCAAACAUCAUUCCGAAAGUUCUGCACAAUAUCAACAGAGUCGUUUACGUGUUCGGUGAUCCUGUAUUGUAUCCUAUAACAACAAUCACACCGACUUACCUGAAUGCCUUCACUGUAAGAACCUUGCAAGAGGCAGAUCACCUAGCAACUGAGGUAUUGCAUGGUAGAAAAAUCAAUGGCAGUCGAGAUCCAGAUCUGGAGGAUCUAACGAAAAAGGUGCAGCAGAUGCCUGUUGUGAUGGUCCCCAUUCAUUUUGAUCGCCUCCCCAACGAAGUCAACUCAUACAAGCGUUCCUUUGUAUUACGACCAUUUAUCACUUCUGAUUUCAUGACGGGACUUGCAGCUUUACCAGGAAGAGAUAUCCCUGAAAAGAGUGUUUAUGAAAUGGUCCAUCGAAUCGUAACGCAUGUGAAGAGCACAUCGAGGGUCAUGAUUGAUCUAACCAUUGUGCAUAGUUAUAAUGUUUCGAUUAGCACGAUUGUAAACAGGCUUGCCGCCAGUUAUUUACUUUGUCGUUCUGAUCAAAUGUUCUGAAGAUUCUCGGAGAAAAUUCAAUUGUUGUUGAAUUGUUAGCUUACCCACGCCGUUCUCACAUUCCAUCUUUCACUUUUCGUAGAUGUGUAAUUCGCACGUUGUGGGGAGCGCUCUGUUAACACUCAAGCGUGACUCUGCAAGUUGUUCAGCUACCGCAGUCACCAGCGUCCGGCUUGUUUCGGGAUUUAGUCACGUGUUGUUCAUUUUCAUUUCGUUGUAGACCGUCGUUACAUUUGAAAGAUUUUGUUAAUGGAAUUGUUGACAUUCCCGGUUACGCAUCGCCGUUUGGCAUGUGCUCGAAUUCUUAGGCUGUCAUACUGUUGAAUGCAAGUGAAUAUGUCAGAGG